ACUACGGUCGCAGCCAUCUAGCGAGACGGCGAGUGCGCGUGCGUGAAUGCGGCGUUUCCCGCUCCCCAAGCCCAGUCGCGCGGAGGCCGGACUCGGCCGUUACGGCUGGGGCCGCACUUCAGCGCCACUUGCGACGGCGAGGGCGUCGUCGUAAAGCGCAGCCGUGCCGACUGCUGCAAGGCGACUUAUGACAGCCACCGUUUCGACUUACGGCGUGCGGCCGUCCACAGUCCUCCCGCUUGGAGCCUCGGCCUCGUCGCCCGGCGGAAGCUGUCUCUUUGUGCUGGUCCUUCCAGCGCGCGUCGCCGGACACUCCUUGACGGUCGGGCUCCAGGGCCUCGGGCGCCCUCCUGCCGCCGGCCGGCUUUUCCGUCCGCCUUCCUCCCGGCGUGCACCGCGGCGCGGCCAUGUUGCCGUAGUGUUGUUUUCUUCCUGCGGAGGCGAGGGGCCCGCUGCGGAUCGCAACGCGCGGGCCUCGCCUCUGCUCGCUCGCGGGUCCGGCCCUCGCCGCUCCCCCGCCCCCCCCCCCCCCCCCCCCCCCCCCCCCCCCCCCCCGGCCCGCACCAGCGCCGUCGGCCCGCCAGCGGCUCGGGGGACGGCUGAAGGCCGGGCCCGGGGACCACCAUGGCGGCCGCCUUGGGCGCGGGCGGAGGAGCAGGCGCUGGAGAUGAUGACUUUGACCAGUUUGACAAGCCUGGUGCAGAACGGUCCUGGAGAAGAAGAGCUGCCGAUGAAGACUGGGACAGUGAACUGGAAGAUGACUUGCUUGGAGAAGAUUUACUGUCCGGCAAAAAGAAUCAGUCGGAUUUGUCAGAUGAAGAGCUGAAUGAUGAUCUUUUACAGAGUGAUAAUGAAGAUGAAGAAAAUUUCAGUUCUCAGGGUGUCACUAUCAGCCUGAAUAACACCUCUGGCAUAGUUACUUCAUUUGAGCUGUCUGACAAUACCAAUGACCAAUCCGGAGAACAGGAAUCUGAGUAUGAACAAGGAGAGGAUGAGCUAGCCUACAACAAACCUGAGGAGCAAGAACUGUAUGCUCAAGAGUACUCAGAAGAAGGACAGUAUGAAGGCCAUGAUGCAGAGUUGACAGAAGACCAAAUAGAAUAUGGGGAUGAGCCAGAGGAGGAGCAGCUAUACAACGAUGAAGUGCUGGACAUCGAAAUCAAUGAACCUUUAGAUGAAUUUACAGAUGAAGAAUACUUGCAGGCUUAUGGUGGGCAACAAGGGCUGCAAGUGCGGGAAGACUGUGAGGCUGAAGAUGACUUAGAUGAGAUUACUGAUUCCCAGGUUGCUUCUGAGACCCACGAGGGAGGAAUGGAAACCCUGGAACUCCAGAAAGACAUAAAAGAAGAAUCAGAUGAAGAAGAUGAUGAUGAUGAAGAAUCUGGACGACUGCGUUUUAAAACUGAAAGGAAAGAAGGAACAAUUAUUAGGCUUUCAGAUGUAACUAGAGAGAGAAGGAACAUUCCCGAAACAUUGGAGCUUUCAGCAGAAGCCAAAGCCGCAUUGCUUGAAUUUGAAGAAAGAGAGCGGCAGCAUAAGCAGGGACGCUAUGGUUCCCGGCGGGGAGGACGGCGAGGAGGCUCUCUGAUGUGCCGUGGAAUGGGAGACCAGAGACGAGAGAACAGUGAGAGGGGAAGGAUGAAGGAGCACAGGCCUGCUUUGCUUCCUACACAGCCUCCUGUUGUGGCUCACUCUCCAAGAUUAAUCCCUCCUCCACAGCCACAGCCUCCUCCUCCACCACCACCACCUCAGCAGCAGCCAAUCAGAAGUCUGUUCCAGCAGCAGCAGCUACAGCCUCUACUUCCUUUACAGCACCCGCAUCACCCAUCCCCACCGCAGGGAGUGCACAUGCCCCCCCAGAUCGAGACUCCAAGGAUGAUGCUGACCCCUCCCCCAGUGACUCCUCAGCAGCCCAAGAACAUCCAUAUCAACCCACACUUCAAGGGGACAGUGGUGACCCCUGUUCAAGUGCCCUUGCUGCCAGUUCCGAGCCAGCCGAGGCCUGCUGUGGGACCCCAAAGAUUCCCAGGCCCUCCAGAAUUUCCACAGCACACCCCUGGGCCUGUUCCCAGCAAUUUUAAUCAGCCACCUCGACUCCCUCUUCAAGACCAGUGGAGAGCCCCACCCCCACCUCAGGAACGAGACCCUUUCUUCUUGGGAGUUUCAGGUGAACCAAGGUUCCCCAGUCAUCUUUUUUUGGAACAGCGAAGCCCUCCUCCACCGCCACCUCCUCCCACACUCCUGAACAGCAGCCAUCCUGUCCCCACUCAGAGUCCUUUACCGUUCACUCAGCCUGGACCAGCAUUUAAUCAGCAAGGACAGCAGCCAGUGUUCCCUAGAGAGAGGCCUGUAAGACCAGCCCUGCAGCCCCCAGGCCCAGUAGGGAUUCUGCACUUUAGUCAGCCAGGGUCAGCAACUGCCAGGCCUUUCAUUCCUCCUAGACAGCCGUUUCUACCCAGCCCAGGACAGCCGUUCCUGCCUACACAUGCACAGCCUAAUCUUCAGGGACCCCUGCAUCCUCCGCUGCCACCACCUCAUCAACCGCAGCCGCAGCCUCAGCAGCCGCAGCAGCAACCCCAGCAUCACCAGCACCAGCCACCCCUGCAACCUCCCCUCCAGCCUCCUCACCAGCCUCCCCCACAGCAUCAGCCUCCCCCUCAGCAUCAGCCGCAACAGCACCAGCAUCAUCACCACCUUUCCGCUCCUCCUCCUCCUCUGAUGCCCAUGUCUCAGCCUCAGUUCAGGCCGCAUGUACAGACUGCCCAGCCUCAGCCCAACAGCAGUCGGAUGCAGUGCACCCCACGUCAAGGGCUACGACAUAGCGCAGCAUCUCAGAAUAUAAGCAAACGACCCAUGCAGCAGAUGCAACCUACUGCUCCCAGAAACAGCAAUCUUCGUGAACUCCCCAUAGCACCUUCACAUGUAUUGGAAAUGAGUGGUACUCGCUGCUCCUCUACACCUGCCGCUCAGGUGAAGCCCAUUGUGAACACAUCCCCACCCUGUAGGUCUGUGGUGGCUUCCAGGAGCUCACAGGGAAAGACUGAUGCAAAAGUCAAGCCACUUAGUCCUGGCCCUCAAGCUAAGGAAGAAGCAAAAGCAGAACCAGAGUUUCCUGAUGAAGAUGAAGAGACAAGGUUAUAUCGCUUAAAGAUAGAGGAGCAGAAGCGCCUGAGAGAAGAAAUCCUAAAGCAGAAGGAGUUACGAAGGCAGCAGCAGGCUGGUGCCAGAAAGAAAGAGUUACUGGAAAGACUUGCACAACAGCAACAGCAGCAGCAGCAACAGCAGCAGCAGCAACAACAGCAGCAGCAACAGCAACAGCAGAUCUAUGGCUCACAGACCCCCAUGGAGCAAGAGGAGCUGGCAGCUACGCCAUCGCCCACUAAUGGUAACCCAUUGUUGCCCUUUCCAGGGGCACAGUGCAGGCAGAAUGUGAAAACCAGACUUCUUGUUAAAAACCAAGAUGUCACCAUUGCUAAUGUUCAGCCCAAAGCAGUAAACUUUGUCCCGCCUGGUGCUAACAUGCAGCAUCAAGGGCAGCAUGUGAGAUCACUGAAGCAUCUGCGACAGCUGCCACACAAAGUCCUCCAAGUCAAACCUAUGGAAGUGGAGGAGACCCCCCACUCCCCACAGGCAGCCAGAGUGACAUCCCUCCAGGGCCGGCCUCAGGACACCAAGCCAGGGGUGAAGAGGACUGUCAUGCACAGGGCCAACAGUGGAGGUGGUGGAGAUGGGCCACAUGUCAGCUCCAAGGUCAGGGUGAUUAAGUUGUCUGGAGGGCAGGGAGGAGAGAGCGAUGGCUUUUCUCACACAGAGGGCCAGCCCCAGCGGCUUCCCCAGCCUCCAGACAUGAGACAGCAGCCUACCCGCAAGGUGACGCUGACCAAGGGGGUUCCUCAGCAGCCCCAGCACCUUUCUGUGGGGCCGCACAUGUACCCGGCUAUUCCUCCAGGGAUCAAAAGCAUCCAAGGGAUUCACCCGGCCAAGAAGGCCAUCAUGCAUGGACGAGGCCGAGGAGUGGCAGGUCCCAUGGGCCGGGCUCGCCUAAUGCCAAAUAAGCAGAACCUUCGAGUGGUGGAGUGCAAGCCACAGCCCUGUGUGGUAUCUGUGGAAGGGCUAUCCUCAUCCACUACUGAUGUCCAGCUGAAGAGCCUGCUGAUGUCCGUGGGCCCCAUCCAGAGUUUACAGAUGCUUCCACAGCAACGGAAAGCCAUAGCAAAGUUCAAGGAGCCAGCCCAUGCACUAGCGUUUCAGCAGAAAUUCCACAGGCACAUGAUUGAUCUGUCCCACAUAAAUGUGGCCCUGAUUGUGGAGUGAUCUUGAAUGGAAAAAUCUAACCUCAUGCUGCACACACUGUGGAAUUUCUUCAAGGAAGCUGUAGGUCGGCUCAAGGUCCCCAGAAGUAUAGGUUUCUCCGGUCUGCAGUUUGCCAACUUGUCUGCGCACCAGCCAGCCACAGGGUGAUUCCAGAAGAAAGUUAAACUGGUGGACAUGGGAUUGGAGUCUGGUGUUAGAUUGUUUUGAAUUCUGUUGUCCACAAGAACUCUGUUCUCAUGUUCUUUUGUUUCCAAGUGCUUACAAUGCAUGUAGACUUUGUUCUUCGUGAUACUACUAUGUGAUUGGUCACAGAGUCUUAGAUUCAGGAAAGAACGUUACCAGCUCAAAUUCCAAGGAUUUUUCCACAACAAAGAAUAUUUGAUAAUGGUUGCACUUAUCUUCAGUACAGGAUAGAAAAGAGUUCUCAACCAGGCUUAACUGGAGUGGCCUCAGAAAGCCCUCACAAGCUCUGGCAAAACAUAGAUAAAAAUUUGGGUGAUUAUGAUUGACACCUGCCCUGGAAAGCCGGGGUGUGAAAUGGGUGUCUGGGAAUGGUGCCAUGGAAGUGGCAAUUCUGCUUCUUGUAAAUACCUCCAAAGUGCCACCUGUUUCAGCAGAAACUCAGAUGGGCACAGUGCUAGGCAAGCACAGGGCACUCCAGAGCCAGUGGCUCUGCCACCCUGCAGGCAGCCCUCUCGGCCUAGUUUCCUGGCAUAGGUUGAGGCACAGCUUGAAGGGUGGUCAGACCUGCUUGGGUUUCUCCGCUUUUUAAUGCCCUAGAUCUGUGGCGUGUGCUGUCAUUGCUUUGAUUACCUCGCUGUCCUUUAGGGCUGAGUUUCCUUUGGGUUACCCUUCUAUCACAUGUGUGAGGGAUGGAUUUCUCAGCAGGACUGACACUGCCCAAGAUAACUGUAUCUGUCCACAUUAGUCGUUUGGUCAAUUCCAGCAGGUGAGACUUGCGUUCUACAAAGCAUCCCUUGGAAGUCCAUGUCGGGCAGACACUGAACACGGUGCCUUAAAAUGUUUCCCCCAUGAAUGCUUCAGUGUUUGGAACAUACUAAAAAAUGGACAAUGACAUUAGGACACACUCAGGACUUUUUAGUUUUAUUUUAUACCUGUAAUUUUAUCUCACAUAUCUUAGUAGGGCGGAGAGAGAGAAAAAAAAAUCUGUUUUCAAUUACUGUUGCUGGGUAAUGAGAAGUAGGCACAGGACUUGAAGCUGGCUUCCACAGCUGAAGUUUUCCAUUAUUUGUUCAAUUAAGUUGCCAGUGGUAUUCAAGGCUCCAUGAAAAUUUGCAUAGGAUUGAUUCUGAGAUGGCAUUAAUGUGCUGGCAAGGAGCACUGGGGGAAUACAGUGGUUGUUUGGGUUCGAGGCAAUUGAGAGGCAUUCAUAGGACAUCUUAGAAGACCUUGUGUUAUGGUGCCACUUCUGACGCAAAGCUUCUGUCUUGCCCCCUGACAGGUGCACUAAGGGCCAGGCCUGUGGGGUCUGUAGCAUGUUUGGCCCCAGCCCAUCCAAGUGCUAUCAACUGGUCGCCCCACUGUCGUUCCCACCUACUGCACUUAGACACAGGGGUUGUUGAUAGAUAUUUUUCUAAAUUGCUGAGUUUGGUAAUAUGUUAGCUCUAGUAGGAUGAGAUGGAGGCUAUGUAGGAGGUUGAGGAUAGGACAAAUGAGUUUAACAAGCUUGCUUCUUUUUCAAAUAGUUUUGAGUGCUGGACCUUUAAAACCCAAAUCUGCAUUUUUGUCUGAAAAGUAGGCACUGAGGCAUUGAAGUCAGUUAAGGAAACAUCCUCAUCAACACCACUGUUCACCACUGGCCUCAGGGCCGCUUCGAGUGUGAUGAGGUUCCCAGGAGCAUGUGUGUCCCUUAACUGUCUACACACAUGAGCUUGUGAAACCAGCACUGCUUAGAACAGCCACUCACUCUGACCUUGAUAUGCAUACACCGGAAGUGGACCAUCAGACCCGCAAGCCAGUCCUAAAGGCUUAGCUUCUGUGAAGGAGACCACAGAAAAUAAAAGAAGCAGAAUUAGAAAGAAUGUUCCCCACUUGCAGUGCACUUCUCACAGUGAAGUCAAACCACCCCCCGAACUCAAACCGUGGAAGAUCUGCUGCAACCAUUAUCUCUGUUCUUUCUUUAUCAUGCAUUUAAAAUGAGAUGAAAAAGCAUUAGCAUACUGUGUAAAUACGGACCUUUUAAGAUUAAAACGUUAUUGAAAAUGCUUUCAACUCAAACAGUAACAUCUUAGCUAUUUGUUAGUUCUUUUUUGUUGUCUUAUCAAAGUUUAAUGGAGACACUUUCAUAAUUGUUGUUGUGUGUACAUUCGAUUUUCAUAAAGAUGGUAGUGAGUCAAUACAUUAACCCUCAUCUGUGUAUUAUUUGUUCUCAAGUUCCAGGAGGUUGAAGGAAUGACUCUCCAUCUGUCCUGAGGUAGAUAGUAGGGGGAGGGGACAAGUUACUUUCCCUCUCUUUGCCUUGUUUAUUUUGUGCUGUAAUGAAUGUGAGUUCACUUAGCUGCUUACCUGAACAUAACCUUAUGUUGCCCUUGGCUUAGCCACAUUUGUUAAAUCCUUAUAUUUAUACUCUUUUUGAGGGGGAUAUCUCACCUUUUCUUUUCCAAAAGAGAAAACCCCCACCCCAGCCCCCACCCAAUCCGAAUAGGCAGCUGCUUGUGCAGGUUCUGCGCCCAUGCCUUGCUGUGGAGGAGCGUGGCUGGAUGGGGUGGGAGGUGGGUUUUCCAUAACCAUUUUCAUCUGGGUAGUUCUCAUGUGAUGUGCAAAGGUCAGGGAUGGUUGUAUGAAUCAGGAUAGAGCUUAGGUCCUAACCCCAGUGGUCAUUUUCCCCCACCAGGCAGCAUUCUGCCUGAAGCAGGUAGAAGGCUUUGCUGCUCAUGGAAGCUGGCAGGGUACCUAAAGGGCAUGGGAGGGAGGACUGGACUGGAGAGUGGUCUGGUGGGUGAGGAGAGUCUUACAGGAUGGAAUGUCAGUGAUGUUCACUGAUGGACCCCAGAGGUGGUCCUUCACUCUGUUGUAGAGGCCCACAGAUGGGUACAUGAAAGAAUUCUCAGGGUGACAUAGACUAGGUGAAGGGUCUUAGAGGACUAGGCUUAAGGACUAUCCCUGUCUUCUGUCUUUUGGUUUUUUGUUUUGUUGUUUGUCUUUUAUUUCCUUGUGGCAUUAUUGGGAAGGUAAGCUUGAUGUAGACCAUUGAAUGACACUAUUUAAAGAUAGGUCCUAGUGAGAAGAGCACUAGCCCAAGGGGUCCAUGCAGUAACUAAGUAUUGUUCUUAGUCAUCAUUGGGUACUCCUAGGCUCUUCUCUGUGUCCUCUGACCCAAGAUCAAAUGCAGGAGUCAGGAAGCACAUCCCUGUGCCAGAGCUAUAGGCCACAUUGGGUGGCUCUGUUGGUUGCUGUUUCCUUUCCUAAGAAUCAGCUUUAAUUCCCGCCUCCUGCUUGUUAGACCCAGCUCUGGCUUUGCAUCCUCACUCUCAUGCUUAGUUUCUUUGGUUUACUCAGAGAGGGAGACGAGGCCAGGGAGACUUGACUCCUGUGCUCUGCAGAGGAGCUAAUAAGGCGCAGGGUAGACACAAACAAGACCCAUCCCCACAGGGGAAGCCACUAAAGCUUAGCUCAGUUAUGACAGAGCCUUAGAAACAUCACCAUGUUUAAUGAUACUGCAGUGAUGGCUUGCGUAUUUUAAAUUUUAUGAUGUGUUAUUUUUAUAUUCUUAAAUAUAAACUGAAAAGGCCUUUUAGCCUUGAUUUAUUAAAUCCUAAGGAUUUUCUGUAAGUUUUUUUGUUUGUGUUUGGUUUUGUUUUGCUAAACUUGGAAAGGCACUUAGCCUUGAUUUAUUAAAUCCUAAGGAUUUUCUGUAAGGUUUUUGUAACCUAUUCAGUUUUUAUCAUUUAAAAUGCCUAACUUCUUAGAUACACAAGCCCAUGGCUUUGUGUACUAGAACCAGAGCAAUCCACUGAUUCAUAUUGGAUCCCAGGUAUACUGCCUGCUGGUAUCAGGUGUCAGAAAGGGGCACCUGUUAGGUAUCUCACCUGACUUUCCUAGACAGUGCCGAUCAGCUAACUCUUUCUAUCGUGUGAUGGUAGGAUGAGCUGAAAGGACAGGUACUUGCACUGAGAAGAGCUCUCCUUUCCUGUUAGACAUGCAGUAGAAGAGGUUGGUUCACUUUACUGAUUUUUCAAAGGUUUGUGGGAAAAUUCAGGUGCUUUAGAGAGAAACUUGUGUAGUUUGGGGCAGAUAGGUGCAUGUUACUGUAUUCUGUAUCUAAAAGUUUAAUAUGCUUUAGUUGGUAGGCCUCUUGACCUUCUUAUGUAACUUUCUGCUAAACUGCUUUUCAUUUUAAGGACACGUGCGGCGGAGGCUGGUUUGGGGACUAACACAUUUUGCAUUCUGCACUGUUGUCUUAAAGCACACACAUUGUAGACAGCAUGUUGCACCCAGCCCACACUGACUGGCCGCCGAGGAGCAGAUAACCACUUGUUCUUCACUUUUUACAGGUGUGGUGGGAUCCAGAGCAGUAUCCUGUGCAGACUUCCCUCCUCGGCUUUAAUCCCACUGUUUAACUUGCAGGUGCCGCAGUGAUGGAGUGUGUUCCUUUUAAGAGCUUCUGAUGUUCUCUUCUCUUCUCCCACUAUUCAGUCCACUGUCCUGCCCUGGCUGGGGCUCUGGCUCCCUCUUUACCUUCAGCUUCUCUUCCCUGUUGUUCACACCUGAGGUGUUGUCACUGUUCCCCCACCCAGUGAUUCUCCUGUCUGCAUGCUCUCUGCCUCCACUUCCGUGGUUUCCACACCUGCAGUGGCCACUGAUACUCACUUGAGUCAGGCUCCCUCUGGCAGGAGGGAACAGUGUGGAUGUCUGCACCAGGGCCACAUCUCCAGUUUCUCUAACCCUUUUGCCUUGACAGAUCUUUCCUUGGGAUUUACUCCUCCAGAACCUGAAUUGGAGAGCCUGACCUUUUGCUUGUUAUUUUGCAGUUUGACUCUGGGCUUAUGCCAGUGACUUUCAGCUGUGGUCUGCAUGUCAUUAAUGACCCCUCUCUGUUUUUACCCCUCUACCUUUGCAGGACCCAGGGCGUGGGUCAGUGUUAGUGGUAGCGUGCUCUCAUUCGCUUGGAAGUGGUGGCCGUGUGGCCGUUAUACUGCCCUUGCUGAUAUGGCCCUCAUCGUCAUGUAAUGUGUGUGCCUCGCUGCUGUGCAGGCAGCUUGGAGUGCAGGCUCUGUUGCUGGGAGUGCGCUGACUGCUUAGAAACCACGAGACACCGCCUUGCUUUCCUCUGGCCUCACUGUUUCUGCCAGUCGUGUGCCUUUCCCCUAUGAGUGACACUGUCAUGCUUUACUCCAGUUUUCCUUUGCAUUAACCACGUGGGAACUCUUGCAGGCUGUAUAUGUGAAGAAUAGUAGUGACGUAGGUGAAAAGAAAAUGUAUUGUUGUGUGUAUCAUUUGUGUGGUUUCAUAGCAAAAAAAUGUGUUUCAGCUGUAUUGUAACCAAAAGUUCUGUCAAUAAAAUAUUAGAGGUU